UCGGCGACUGGUAUCGCAAUCGCAGGUCAUAUGACAUUUUGAUAAUUCUUCUGGCUCGCGGAAAAUUUGGUCUUGUGAGGCCACUCUUGUGAUCUUUUUUGGUGAUUUCGUGUGCUGAGUGUCCUGAAAAUGACGGGCUUCAUGUUCAACAUCGACGGGGGCUACCUGGAGGGACUGUGCCGUGGCUUCAAGUGCGGAAUCCUCAAGCAGUCCGACUACCUCAAUUUGGUCCAGUGCGAGACCCUGGAGGACCUGAAGCUUCAUCUCCAGGGCACGGAUUAUGGUCAGUUCCUGGCCAACGAGCCCUCUCCGCUCACGGUGUCCGUGAUCGAUGACAAGCUGCGCGAGAAGCUCGUGAUUGAGUUCCAGCACAUGAGGAAUCACGCCGUGGAGCCUCUGUCCACGUUCCUGGACUUCAUCACGUACAGCUACAUGAUCGACAACAUCAUCCUCCUGAUCACGGGCACGCUGCACCAGCGCCCCAUUUCGGAGCUCAUCCCCAAGUGCCACCCGCUGGGCAGCUUCGAGCAGAUGGAGGCCAUCCAUGUGGCCGCGACGCCGGCCGAGCUGUACAAUGCCGUGCUGGUGGACACGCCCCUGGCGCCCUUCUUCGUCGACUGCAUCUCCGAGCAGGACCUCGACGAGAUGAACAUCGAGAUCAUCCGGAACACGCUGUACAAGGCCUACCUGGAGGCCUUCUAUGACUUCUGCAAGAAGACCGGCGGCACCACGGCGGACGUGAUGUGCGAGAUCCUGGCCUUCGAGGCGGAUCGCCGCGCCAUCAUCAUCACGAUCAACUCGUUCGGCACGGAGCUGUCCAAGGACGACAGGGCGAAGCUGUAUCCGCGCUGCGGCCGCAUGAAUCCCGAUGGUCUGGCCGCUCUGGCCAGGGCCGAUGACUACGAGCAGGUGAAGGCCGUGGCGGAGUACUAUGCGGAGUACGCCGCCCUGUUCGACGGCUCCGGCAACAAUCCGGGCGAGAAGACGCUGGAGGACAAGUUCUUCGAGCACGAGGUGAAGCUGAACGUGUUCGCGUUCAUCCAGCAGUUCCACUACGGUGUGUUCUACUCGUAUCUGAAGCUGAAGGAGCAGGAGUGCCGCAACAUCGUGUGGAUUGCCGAGUGCGUGGCCCAGAAGCACCGCACCAAGAUCGACAACUACAUCCCGAUCUUCUAAAUUUGUCAUCGCGCGCGCACGGGGGCUCACAUUCCUCUAUAUCCCCCCCUCUUAGGUAUUUUUGUCUCUUUAUGCCGGAUAAUAAGUGUGUACAUUAUGGGUUUUCUUUCCAAGGAGUGGCUCUGGGCUCCUCCAGGACCGCCCAGUAUUAGAGAAGAAUGUAUAUAAAAUGUAUUUAUCGUUUAGUUGAUUGUUGACGCUGUUGCGGUGAGAUGUACAGCGGUUAUCGUCAUCAAUAAAGGCAAGAUAUGUGCAAAAUUUAGUGGACAAAA